CGUCAGAGUGCAGAGUGCACGCCAUUUGAAUAUACACUGUUCAUCUUUACCAACUAAACCGACAUUCAAGCAAACCGAUAAAUUGGAUAAAUUCUUUCAUCCCAAAUAUAUUGACACAUUUGUACGUAUAUCACCUCAAAUUUCUCUCUCAGAUCAUCAAUGGAGAGAAUCAAAUUUGGAUGCAAUGUGUUGUUAUUCGCAACUUUCUUCGUCGCAGUUUUCGUGAUCACCUACGCUGCAGCACUCAAGGAAGGACAAACCUGCGUAAAUAAUCAAAACUGUGACUCAGGGUUACAUUGUGAGGCUUGCGUCGCUGACGGAAAUGUUCGUCCUCGGUGUACUCGCGUUCAGCCUCUCAGUCCUUUUUCUAAGGCGAAAGGAUUGCCAUUCAAUCGAUACUCAUGGUUAACGACGCACAAUUCCUUUGCUAGAUUGGGAGAAACGUCAGUUACAGGCUCUGUUGUUCUAGCUCCGACGAAUCAGCAGGAUUCUGUUAGUUCUCAGCUCGAUAAUGGUGUGAGAGGGUUGAUGCUUGAUAUGUAUGACUUUGAGAAUGACAUUUGGUUAUGUCAUUCCUUUGGUGGAAAAUGCUUCAAUUACACAGCUUUUCAACCUGCCAUUAACGUUCUGAAAGAGAUUCGAGAGUUCUUGGAAAAGAAUCCUACUGAAAUUGUGACUAUAAUCAUUGAAGAUUAUGUAACCUCUCAAAAUGGUCUAACUGAUGUCUUCAACAAUGCUGGUUUGAGAAAAUUCUGGUUUCCUGUAGCUCGAAUGCCUAGCAAUGGUGGUGAUUGGCCCGCAGUUGACUUUAUGGUCAAACAAAAUUUCCGUUUAGUGGUUUUCACUUCCAAAUCUUCUAAAGAACGUACAGAAGGAAUUGCAUAUCAAUGGAAAUACAUGGUUGAGAACCAAUAUGGAACAGAUGGGAUGAAAAGUGGUUUAUGCCCUAAUCGAGCAGAAUCCCCUACCAUGAACACUACAUCAAGGUCACUCGUUUUAAUGAACUAUUUUCCUGAUACACCCGAUUUUACCCAAGCUUGCAAAGAAAAUUCAGCCCCAUUAAUAAACAUGAUGAACACAUGCCAUGAUCUAGACCAUAAAAGGUGGCCUAAUUUCAUUGCUGUUGACUUCUACAAGAGGAGCAAUGGCGGGGGUGCACCUGCGGCAGUAGAUAUGGCUAACGGGCAGUUAGUUUGUGGUUGUAACAGUAUUUCAGCAUGCAGGCCAAAUAUGACAUUUGGAGCAUGUAAUAUCCCGGAGGCGGAGGUUGCUCCGGUCACAACUAAAGGAGGGAAAAGCACGGCGGUCAAGGGUGGUCAACCCUGGCUGUUUCUUAUAUGUUUGGUGGUGUUCACUUUGACUUUGUCUUUGUAAAGGUAGUUAAAGCUUUAGAAAUAUUACACGUCAGCAACUUGCCUACUUUUUCGUAUGUCGUUUUAACUGCUUUUUAAACACACAAAAUUGAAUUAGUGAUUGAAUGGCAUGUGAUUA